UUGCAUCUUUCAUUUUUUAAUUAUUCCUUGCGGUUAAAGGACAUGGGUUUGGACUUUUACAUGCCUUUCUCAAAUCUGAAGAAACCCGCAGAAAUACCCAAGCAAAAACCCUGCGCCGUUGUUGCAGGCUUGGAUUUUGGUAUCAUGAUGUAAUUGGACAUUUAAUUCUCAAACCCACGCUACAAUAAAGAUGCCGACCCUGCGUCCAGAAAUACCGCACAAUCCGGGUGCGUCUGUAAAAUCGAAGCAGGAUGCAUUGGCGUUAUCUCGCCGUGCAAGCAAUUCCGCACUGCCUCCGCUUUUCGUUCAUCUGGCACAGUGCAAACGAUUGCUUUCGCCUUCACGAUUUGGCAAAUGGACAUUG